AUGGCGAACCGUCAACGUACCUCGACCACCGUGGUGGUCGAGAAGCCUCAAAAGAGCAACGAGCCCGUCUUCCCUGACAUCCAGACCAUCAGGGACGCCAUUCCGGCUCACUGCUUUGAGCCUUCGCUUGUGACAUCGUUCUACUAUGUCUUCCGCGACCUUACCAUGGUUGCUGGCCUCGUUUGGGCUGCUCUGACCUACAUCCCCGUCAUCCAAGACCCCAUCUUCCGCGCUACGGCCUGGAUGGUUUACGGCUUCGUCCAGGGCCUCAUUUGCACUGGUGUUUGGAUUCUCGGCCAUGAGUGCGGCCACGGUGCCUUCUCCAAGAACACUAAGUUGAACGACUGCGUUGGCUGGGUUCUCCACUCCUUUCUCUUGGUCCCUUACUUCUCGUGGAAGUUCUCUCACCACCGCCACCACCGUUUUACUGGUCACAUGCAAAAGGACAUGGCUUUUGUCCCUGCAACGCAGCCCAAGCCCUCCAGCAAGCCCUUGUUUGGCAGCAUCGAUCUUCACGAGCUCUUUGAAGAUGCGCCCAUCACCCAACUGAUCAACUUGAUCACUCACCAACUCUUCGGAUGGCAGGCAUACCUCUUCUUCAAUGCUACUGCUGGCAAGGGUAGCUUGCAGCGUGAAGUGAACGGUCUCGGACGUUGGUUUGGUGUCAGCCACUUCGGCCCCACUAGUGCCGUUUUCCGUCCCAAUGAGGCCAUCUUCAUUGCUAUCUCUGAUAUUGGUCUGGCUAUCACCUUCUCCGCUCUGUACAAGGCCGCCCACGUCCUUGACGUCUCCACCGUCAUGCUCCUCUACGCCGUCCCCUACUUCUGGGUCCACCACUGGCUUGUUGCCAUUACUUACCUGCAUCACAACCAUCCCGAGGUCCCCCACUACACUGAGGAGGGCUGGACCUUCGUCAAGGGUGCCCUUGCUACUGUUGAUCGCGAGUUUGGUUUCAUUGGCAAGCACCUGUUCCACGGCAUCAUCGAGAAGCAUGUCGUUCAUCACCUCUUCCCUCGGAUUCCUUUCUACAAGGCCGAUGAGGCUACUGAGUCCAUCAAGCCUCUUCUCGGUGAUCUCUACCACCGCGACGACCGCAGCUUCUUGGGUCAGCUUUGGUCUGUCUUCGGCUCCCUUAAGUAUGUGGAGCAGGACCCCAACUGCCAGGGUGCUAUGAGAUGGGCCAAAUAG